UUCAGUGUGGCAGCAGCAGGGGAAAUCAGGGAAAUCAGGGAAAUCUGGGAUAUCUGGGAAAGGGGAGUCGGUGAAAACCGGGACUAAACCGGCAGAAAUCCCCACGGAGCCGUGACCGUCUCACCGUUUCCUCCCGGACUCUGCUCGCCUCUCUCCCCGCUGGUGGCUGCGGUUUUUCCCCCAGAAAUCUCCCUGGAUCCGCACAGUUGAUUGAAUUCCUCCACUCUGCCGUGUUGGAGCGGGACUGAGCAGUGUUAGCCGACCAAAGAUGGAUCAGCUGUCAGACGAGGAGGUGGAGGUCAGGGAGGAUGAUGAAGAGGAGGACAGCGAUAAGGAGGACCAGGACCUGGACAAGAUGUUUGGAGCCUGGCUCGGGGAGCUGGACAAACUCACCCAGAGUCUGGAUGACGGCCGCCCGGAGGAGCCCCCCCAACAGAAAGCCCCCCUCAGACAGGAGACCAACAUGGCCAACUUCUCCUACAGAUUCUCCAUCUACAACAUCAACGAGGCGUUGAAUCAGGGCGAGAACGUGGACCUGGACGCCCUCAUGGCCGAUCUUUGCUCCAUCGAACAGGAACUCAGCACCAUCAACACCAAACCCAACAGCAGCGGAGGCAUGGCUCGCCUCGGGAUGACUGACGCUAAGGUCCGGCAGAAGCCUCCAGCAGGGCGCAGCAGGGGUCAGCAGCCAGCAGGGGGCAGUAACAGUGUUAGUGGUGGGGGGGGCAGCAGCAGUAACAGUGUCAGUGGUGGGGGGGGCAGCAGCAGUAACAGUGUGAGUGGUGGGGGGGGCAGCAGCGGGGCGAGCAGCAACAGCAGCAGCACCAGAGCGUCGCCUGCAGGCACCAUCAGAGCCGCCGCCGGGCAUCAUGGGAGACCAGCGCUCGCCUCCAACUUCAGCCUGGACGACAUCACCGCCCAGCUGGAGAAGGCGUCUCUCAGUAUGGAUGAAGCUGCUCUUCAGACCUCCUCUCACUCUCUAAGCUCCGCCUCCUCCUACACGUCCUCCGCCACCAUGCGGCGACCCGGAUCCUCUCAGCGCCAACACCGCCGCACCGGAUCCGUCGGCACCGUCAGCGAACACGAGGCGCGUUCGAUCGUCCACUCGUCGCGCUCCUCCGUCACCUCGGCCUCGGGGGUCUCGGUGAACUCGGCUUCCUCCAUGGACUCUCUGGACAGCGUGCUGUGCUCAGACGCAGACGGACAGCCUCCCUCAGUGCUACCUGCGGGGGAGGGGGCCGCUCAGGUGCAUCACAACACAGAGCACUCCUAUCUGGACAGGGAAACCUCUCUGAUUCUGAGAAACAUAGCAGGGAAGCCCUCCCACCUGCUGACCAAGGAGGAGCAGGCUGCCAAGCUGAAGGCAGAUAACAUCCGGGUCGCUCUGGAGAAGAUCAAGGAGGCGCAGGUUAAAAAGUUGGUGAUUCGUGUUCAUCUGUCAGACGAGAGCUCGAAGACGAUGAUGGUGGACGAGAGACAGACAGUCAGACAGGUUUUGGACAGUUUGUUGGAGAAAUCGCACUGUGGUUUCAGUCCAGACUGGUCCCUGGUGGAGACCAUCAACGAGCUGCAGAUGGAGCGGAUCUUCGAGGACCAUGAGAACCUGGUGGAGAACCUUCUGAACUGGACCAGAGACAGCCAGAACCGCCUGAUGUUCACCGAACGCAUCGAGAAGUACGCCGUGUUCAAAAACCCCCAGAACUAUUUGCUGGGGCGGAAGGAGACAUGUGAGAUGGCUGAGAGGAACAAAGAGGCUCUGUUGGAGGAGUGUUUCGGCGGCAGCACGGUGUCCGUCCCUGAGAUGGAGGGCGUGUUGUGGCUGAAGGAGGACGGGAAGAAGUCGUGGAAGAAACGCUACUUCCUGCUCCGAGCGUCUGGAAUCUACUAUGUUCCCAAGGGAAAGGCCAAGGCGUCCAGAGACCUGGUGUGUUUCCUGCAGUUGGAUCAUGUUAAUGUGUACAGCGGUCAGGACUACAAGAGCAAGUACAAAGCUCCAUCUGACUACUGCAUGGUGCUGAAGCACCCUCAGAUCCAGAAGAAGUCUCAGUACAUUAAGUACCUCUGCUGUGACGACAUCAGGACGCUCCAUCAGUGGAUCAACAGCAUCCGAAUCGCCAAGUACGGGAAGCAGCUGUACAUUAACUUCCAGGAGGCGAUGAGGAGGACGGAGGCGGCCUACGAUUGGUCCUCCCUCUCCUCCUCCUCCAUCAAAUCAGGAUCCAGCUCGUCCAGUCUUCCAGAGUCCCAGUCCAACCACUCCAGCCAAUCAGACAGCGGCGUUUCAGAGAUGACAUCAUCCGGUCACGCCCGCUCUCAGAGUGCCGUGAGCUCGAUAUUCUCCGACGCCUGGAGGAAAGGAACGCAGGGAGAGAUGAUGAGGAUCGACCCCAUCAGUAGGCCCAUCCCGGUGCAGAUCCUCUCCCCUCAGCCCCCUCCCUCCCGCUCCAGCUACACAGAAGGCCUCGUCCAAUCAGAGGACUCCUCUCCGUCUCCCCCCUCUCCUCCCCCUCCGUCUCCCCCUCCCAUCGCCAGUGUGGACCAUCAGACGUCAUCCUCCACCCCUUCCUACGUCAAAUACAGCACCUUGGCCCGCCUCCAGAGCCAGAACCAAUCAGCGAAGCCCAAUUACAACACCCUCCCCGCCGUGUACAGCUCCUCCACCCCCCUCCUCCCGUGUCCCCCCCCUCCUCCCCCACCCUCAGAGCCAACACCCGGAUCAGCAAUGGCCGCUCUGAAAUUCGGUCCGCCGAGCCCUUCUUCUCUCCUUCCUCCUCCACCCCCAUUGGACGAGGACUUGCUAGAGCCCGCCUACCUGCCCCCUCCUCCUCCCCCAGAGAGCAUGAAUGGUUUCAGCCUGCCUCCCCCACCAGAAUUAGACUCCUCCCCCCUCACAAACAGCGGCCUCCAGCAGUUCCUGUCGCACAAGUUUCCCCACAUGGUGUACGACUUCACCCCGGAUAUGUUGGAGGAUUCUCCCCCUCCUCCCCCUCCUCCUGCUGAGGUUUCCCCCCCAGCCUCCCUCUCUCUAAGGCCUCUCUCCCCGAACCCACCCCCUCCCGCUCCUCCCAAAACCUUCACGGGUGGUUUCCCCCCUCAAACUGCUCCCAAACCAUCAGGUCCUUCCUCCCUUCCCAUCGCCCUCUCCCCCGUGUCUCCCACGCAGCCGUACAGCAACCAGCCGCCGUUUAAAAAGCAGCAGAGCUUCUCCACGGGACACUCCCCCAAUCAGCCGCCCCCUACUCUUCCAAAGCAGCACAGCGUCUCCUCCAAAAACCUCACCCUCUCUCCCUCUUCCUCUUCUUCCUCGGUGUCCAUCGCGGCCGCCACCUCCUCAUUGGUCAAACAGAUCGUCAAUCAGUUCCCGGGAAACUCCUCCCCUUCCACUCUGUCCGCCUCCAGCUCCAUGGAGGGAUCCAAGUUCUCGGCCCCCCCGUCUCCCCCGGCGGUCAAAGCCAAACCAAAAUGGCAGCCGGGGGGGGGUGGAGGCGUCGUGGCUCCACUAUCUCCAGAGUUCCCUCCCCCUCCUCCUCUGGACAACUCGGGAGAUUUCCCUCCUCCUCCGUCUUCAUCAUCAUCCUCUUCCUCAAAGACCGGAUCGCCCAUUAAAAAGUCGCCCUCUUCCUCGUCCUCUUCCUCCAUCAAGCGUGGGCCCCCCGCCCCGCAGAGAGCCUCCUCCAUCCAGCGCAACUCCACCGGCGACCCGGCUGAAGAGAGGCCGACGAAAGUGGAGACCCUCGUCAAUAAGUUCGGCCAACAAGCCCCUCAGACAGGAACCUCCUCCAGCUCUUCCUCGGCCACCGGGUCUCCUUCCAAGGACUCCUGCUCUUCCUCCUCUUCGCUUCCCGCUCCUCUUCCCAAACCUGGGAAACUGAAUUUGGCGAAUCUCCCGUUGGCGCUUCAAGGUCUCCAGCCCGCAGAGUUCCCCUCCCCUCCUCCCCCGCCGCCCCCCGCCCAGCCUCAGCACCUCGACUUGGACUACUUCCCGCCGCCCCCGAGUGACUUUGAGUUGUUCCCUCCCCCUCCUCACCCCUCGGAGUUCCACCACCCCCCCAAAGUGGCCGUGGUGAACCCUCAGCCUCAGAUGCAGCCCGUCUCCUCCACCUCCUGGAAGCAGAGCUCUCUGAAGAAGGGGGCGAUCCUGCCUCCCUCUCUGAACCGGAGGGCCAGCAAAACCAACCAGUUUGAAAACACCCCCCUCUCGCCUCCCCCUCUGUCUCAAACCCCGCCUCCCUCCCUGUCUUCUUACUCCACUUCCUCCUCCUCCCCCAUACCUCCCACAUCGCCCAAAUCCCCGGGCCCGAGCAGCCUGACGCUGAAACCCCACUUCCUGGAGGACCUGAACCGCACCCUGAAGAGGAAGUCGGUGUCUCGCCACGGAUCCCUCACCUCCUCCCACCUCUCCUUCUCCUCUCCCGUGGGCACCAUGGACGACAUGGCGCUCCUUCCUCCUCCCCCCCCGGAGCUCAUGCAGCAGCAGGGGGGCGUUCGAGGACACUCCCAAACUCUCUCUCGCCACCACACACACUCCCACUCCACCAAACACGCCAACAUCUCAGGCUAUGCAACGCUGCGGCGCGGCCCCCCCCCCGCUCCUCCGAAACGGGACCAAAGCACCAAACUGACGGGGGAGUGGUAGGGGCGGAGCUUAAAAAAAAAGUGACUAUUUAGGAAGAAGAAAUAAUCGAUGUGUGUGUUGACUUGUCCGUCUUCUCCUCAUCCUGAAACCAUCCACGCAUUGGAUUCCCGAACAAGUAGCAAGCCGUCUUUUCCUGAGAUCAUGAUAUGAUUGUUCCUAUUAUCCUCAUUAUUAGUAUCAUUACCUAUCAUUACAUGAGUACAAAUAUCUAUAUAUAUGUAUAUAUAUCUGUAUACAAGCAAGCCAGAAGAUCACCCUAUCAAGCUUUUUUCACAAUGUCCGUGCAGCUUUGCAUCGAAAUAUACAAAAGACUUGAAGGACAGAGCAGCAGAGACAAUGUUCUGCUCAGAAACCGGUACUGCAUGGAGGACGAAGGGGGGGGUCAGGGGAAUCAGAGAGGAUUGUGGGAAGGUGUGUAUAGAGACUCGGGGAGGGAAAGGGGUUGGUGGGGGGGUAGCAUUGCCAUUUCUUUCAAACUUUUGUGUGUGUGUUUUUAUAUAAGAUUAUUUAAUACUGGAAAGAUAUUAUUAUUAUUAUAAUUAUUUUAAGUUUUUAAAGAAGUGUCAAAAGAGAAUGACUGGACGCGGGUCUGUGUUCUCAAAAUAUGUCUGAAAUAUUUGGAUCAUUUCUCAGAUUUCUUUUAAUUUCAUGAGAGCUUCAUGACUUCAAGACUUAAAUGCACACUUAGUGAAGAACAUCGUGUAAGGCUGUGCUCAGAUUUCAGGACUUUUGAAAGGAUUUUUCAUCGAGUUAUAUUAUUGAACCAGUGUUUUUCACAUGUCUUCACUAGCCAGAGUCCUCAUGAUACAAUAUUGUACAGCACCAUUGUAUUGUGAUGAUACAUAACUUGUGAUAUGGCCACAGAAUCUGAAUUUGGACAAAUAAAAGGCAAACUGAGUUAUUGUGGUUCAGCGCCACCCAGUGGUAUUAUCAUAAAAGACACUGUGUCCCAUAUCCAAACCAAUAACAUAUAAUGCUAUUUAUAUACUUUUUUCAACUGCAAAAUAUGCAGUUUGUCAACAGCUGUUUUAUCGAAUAAGAUAAAGGUUUCGUGCAAUAUUUUAAUUUGAUUUCAUCUUUGUUUUAAAUCAAUUUCUGCCAAUCGGAUCUGAAAGAAAAUGUACAGAAUAACCACCAUGUAGUAAACUGUAAAAGCACUUGUUACCAAAAAAGUUUAAUUUGUAUUUGCAGUAUUAAUAAUUUAAAUACAAUAAAAAUACUUGCCUAUAUAAUAUGUUCACGCAAAACAUCUUAAUACUAUGCUAUAUUCAUUUUCUUCCCUGCUAAUCAGGACAUACAGUAGGUUGCACAUUUCUCAUUGUAUAGUAUGUUUAUUUAUAUGUUUAAUAAUAAUUACUUUUCCAUUAUCAGGACUGUCUUUUAAUCUGAGCGCAGCCUUAGCUAUUAGCAUAACAUAAAACAACAUGUCGCACAUUUGGUAACAGACUUAAUGAAACAGACUCUAAUAAAUUAGUCAGUCAGCUUUACAGUCAGUAUGUUAGGUCGUUGUUUGAUAGCUAUUAUUCCACGCAGCUACAAUGAACUCUGUCUGGAAGCAGCAGUCCUCAGUUUGCUCGUUAAUAAACCGUCACUUGUUUGUCAUCUCCUGGUCGAUCACUUUGCUAUUAGUGUGAUCAGAGGAGCCCAAAGGAAGCCUUGGGAACAAGUGCCUGAACAGCUCAACGCUCAAACUGCUCACAAGUGUGUGUGUGUGUGUGUGUGUUUGUUUAUGGGUGUUUGUGUGCUAGCUAACAUCACACCUCGACUGUGACUUCUGUGAUAUCGACCGUCAGCUUUCUGACCUGCUGAAACCUGGAGUCUAUGUUUACCAUUCACACACUGCCAUCGUUUCUAAAUACAGAAUCUUAAACGAUAAGGAAGCCUGAGGAGCUGAUGUGGAACAAGCAGCAGAUCAACCUGGAGGUGCCUCCCUCUGGUAUCAAACACACACUGUGGCCCAUAUUAAUACGACAUUUCUUACUUGGGGUAAGAAUGUAUGUGUUUUGCCUCAGUUUCUGAUGUUUCUGACAAUAACAUUGUUUAACUCCAGCCUCUUCCACUGUGCAGGGUUACAAACACCCUCAUAUUUAGACUUUAAAUCACGAGGUUUUUAACUGAUUAGUCAAUUGUGUUCUGAAACAAGUUUAUACAUAUUUAAUGUUAAGCAAAGAUGUUAAGAAUGCACUGGUUGCAGCUUCUGAAAUAUUACAAUUCACCCAUAGCAGUUUUGAUAAUUUGUUUCAACUAAUGUCAAAAAGAAGAGCACUCUUAAAGCAGUAGCACUUAUGGAAAGAUGCCUAAUGGAUAAACCCUGACACACUUUGGGAAGUUAUCCAGUCAGGAGAUAAUGUUAGACCGUUUUUUUUUUACAAACAUGUCUAAAAAAAAAAUUCAGCAAACAGUUAAAAUAGUGUGUUAAAAACCCAGUCACUUAAAUAGUUAGAUACUUUGUCAGAGGUUUCUGUCAUCUUGAGGAACAAACUGUGUCCAGAUCAGCUGGUAAAGGCUUUCUUAAUACAUGUUAUCAUUAUAAGGUUUUUACAUUGUGCUCAGCUGACUUUGGAUCUGUUUCCUCUCUGUUUCAGUAGAUUAAAAUGAUCCACAUGACAUCACCGGUUCAAAACAGAUGCCAAAAAUGUGUUAUUUCUACUCCAGCUUUGGUUUUUAAUGUGCAAUCGUUUGUUUUCGAAGUACUCUGAUUUAAUUUGAAUGUAUAAUUAUUAUGUUUACAAAAUGACUUUCAUUCGUUUUGACAUCAGAUGUGUUUUGUGAUAUUGUUGGAGGGGAGAAGAGAGAAGUCCUUCCUACGCCCUGUACCGGCAUGCAGGAGAGAGAUCAUCAAACUCCACAAGGACUUAAAGUCAAACUGAUCAAUGUGUUGCUCAAAGACACCCUGCAGACAACAUGGCUGCAUGGUGUCAAACCUGCUGUUGCAUUUCAAAUAAAAGAGAAAUGA